UUUGAUACUUAAAUGUACAAGACUGGAGUGGAAUGCAUGUAUGAUGUCCAAAUUUCCUGCGAGCAAAAUCAUGGUCCCCUCGCCUCUCUGGUUAGAAGACGAAAUCCAAACCUGAAGCCCUAAAACCAUGGCAUGUCGCCUCCUAUCGAUCAACAAACGCAUCUUCCCCCCACCAUCCUUUUUCCUCACAAACUCAAACCCUACCCGCAACUGCAAUUCAUUCUCACCCUCCUCCAUUCUUCCGCUGUUCAACUGCAAGCGCAGGAAGAAACUCCGCAAGAAGCUCUCCAGUCCCCGUGUCAAGCCCAUCGCUACCUCCACUCCGCGCCCCCUUCCAGCUCUUGAUGCUAUCAUCCACCGCGACUCCCUUUUCCGCUUCAUCUCCCGCACCCGUUGCUUCCUCUCGCGCCAACCCCUCCACAUUAUCUCUCUAUCCGCAGCCGAACUCCCCCGCGAGCUUGGCUUCCCUCGCGGCCGCAAACCCUCACGUUUCGCCGCUCGCCACUCUUUUCUCCUCCGCAUUUUCCCUCACCCGUCGCCUUAUGGACCCCUUCACCUCUCCUUCACUCCCCUAAUGGAAUCCCUCCUAUCGGAGGAGGAAUCCAUUUUCAAUAAUACUGAAGAAGAUCGCGUCACCGCUGUUCGUAAGAUUCUCAUGAUCUCUCACUGUUGCCGUAUCCCCCUCGCCAAGCUCCAUCACUGCCGCCAUGUGCUUGGCCUUCCGGAUGACUUCCGCGACCGCGUUCACAAGUACCCUGAAUUUUUCCGAGUCGCUGUUGAUCCCGACGGUCGGCGUGUCCUCGAGCUCGUUAAAUGGGAGCCGGCUCUUGCUGUCAGCGCGCUCGAGCGCGACUCAGUGGCGGACGAGCAACGUGUUCUGCGUACCUUCAAAUUUGCUAUUCCUCACGGGAAGGAUUUAGGUUUAGAUGAGGACGAUGAGAGAAAGAUGAAUUGUUUGACGACGCUGCCUUUGAUUUCUCCAUAUACUGAUGGUUCUGAGCUGAAGCCGUGGACAUUGGAAGCAGAGAAGUAUAGGGUUGGGAUUAUUCAUGAAUUUUUGAGUUUGACAGUGGAGAAAAGGGCCUAUAUUCAUCAUAUAGUGGAGUUCAAGGAGGAGUUUGGGCUCACGAGGCAUACUUACCAUAUGCUUUUGAAGCAGCCGCGGGCGUUUUACUUGGCCGGGACGGAGAUGAACUGGGCUGUUUUCUUGAGAGAUGCUUAUAAGGAGGAUGGCACGUUGAUUGAGAAGGGCCCUCUGGUCUUGUUUGAAGAGAAGUUAAGACGAUAUGCUCUCAUGAAGGAAGGGGAAAAAGAGGCUGAUGGCGGAGUUGCUGGAGCUAUUAAAGUUUGAAAUGGCAUGGAAUUUUUAAGUUUUUCAUCACAUGUUUUGGAAUGAGGAGAAAUUGGUCUUCAGGAUUCAAAUUGAUUUCAGGAAGAGAAUCAAUGUUUUGGAGGGUGAAAAGAUUGUGGAAUAAAUGAUUUGAUUAAAUUAACAUAUAGGCUUCAGAUCCUAUUGGUUUUGUGAUGAAAGUUUUAUGGGAAAAGGAGCUUCCGAAAUCUAAUGUUUAGAUGUCACUCGGAAAGCAGGCUCCUUGGACAUACAAGGUGAUUGAUGAACUUUGUCUUAACGCUGGAGGUUUCCACAGCAAGAAGUCUCGGGUUCAAUGCUGCUGCCUGAACAUUGGUGCCAAACCAACAGCGGUUUAAUUUGAGCUGAUUGG